UCGCUGUGAGGAGCGUGCGUGGGCGUCGCUACAUGAAUCUCAGCUGAUGUUUAGCGGGCUACCAGGCUUGCAAUCAAGUUUUAAUUUUAAUUUCGGAAUUAACCCUUUCCGAGUGGCAUGUGCUGAUUCGUUUGUUGUAUGAUAAGCAAAUAAAAUACUCUGCAAACUUGCAUACGGAGAGAAAUGCAUUAACCCUCGGAACGCUGGCGGUCAGAUGUUGAAGUCCAGUACACUCUUAAUACCUACACCUACUCAACAGGGACUAAAGUCUUUUGGCGUGCUGUGAUACUCCAAUGGAAAGAGCAACAAGUGUGAUGAAUUGAUACAUUGGAAACUUUUUUUGCGAUUCUGUUGUGUGAUCCGAGUAAACAACAAACAUCCAGGAUGUCAAUCACAAACACACCGACCAGUAACGAUGCCUGCCUUAGCAUUGUGCACAGCUUGAUGUGCCAUCGACAGGGUGGCGAAAGCGAAAGCUUCUCCAAACGAGCUAUUGAAAGCCUGGUAAAGAAACUGAAAGAAAAGAAGGAUGAACUGGACUCUUUAAUCACUGCUAUAACCACAAAUGGAGCUCACCCUAGCAAGUGUGUGACAAUUCAGCGCACUCUGGAUGGUCGACUACAGGUGGCUGGGCGCAAAGGUUUCCCCCAUGUGAUCUACGCACGGUUAUGGAGAUGGCCCGACUUGCACAAAAACGAGCUCAAGCAUGUGAAGUACUGCCAGUACGCAUUUGAUCUCAAGUGUGACAGCGUCUGCGUCAACCCCUAUCACUAUGAAAGGGUGGUGUCCCCAGGCAUUGAUCUGUCCGGAUUAACGCUAACCAGCUCUGGGCCCAGCUCCGGUUUAAUGGUGAAAGAUGAGUACGAGUACGACGGCCCGUCUUCCCUGCCCAGCAUCGAGGGGGGUCACUCAAUACAGACCAUCCAGCACCCCCCCUCCACCCGUGCGGGCCCCUCCGAGUCCUUCAGCAGCCCUGCCCUCCUGCCCCCCUCGGACGCAGGAAGCUCGGCCUCCACCUCUGCCUUCCCGGGCAUCGCCGUCGGAUCAACCCAGUCCAGUAGCCUGUUGCCAGGCUGCCGCGGGGAGGGGCUGCUGCCGACGGCCGCUGCCCGGACGGCACGAGGAGCCCAGCAGAACGGCUUCUCCCCCGCCACGCCGGCCACUUUCCACCACAAUGCUACCUCCAACUGGGCAAGAACCAGCAGCUUUACCCCCAACAUGCCUCACCAUCAGAACGGACACCUACAGCAUCACCCCCCGAUGCCCCAUCCUGGACACUACUGGCCAGAACACAGUGAACUUGCGUUCCAGCCUCCGAUUUCAAACCACCCUGCGCCAGAUUACUGGUGCUCUAUUGCCUACUUCGAGAUGGACGUGCAGGUGGGCGAGACGUUCAAGGUGCCUUCUAGCUGCCCCAUUGUGACGGUGGAUGGGUAUGUGGACCCGUCCGGGGGAGAUCGCUUCUGCCUGGGCCAGCUGAGCAACGUCCACCGCACAGAGGCCAUUGAGAGAGCCAGACUACACAUUGGGAAAGGUGUCCAGCUGGAGUGCAAAGGGGAGGGCGACCUGUGGGUGCGCUGUCUGAGUGACCACGCCGUGUUUGUCCAGAGCUACUACCUGGACCGCGAGGCCGGCCGGGCCCCGGGGGACGCCGUGCACAAGAUCUAUCCCAGUGCCUACAUAAAGGUGUUUGACCUGCGCCAGUGCCACCGGCAGAUGCAGCAGCAGGCGGCUACGGCACAAGCGGCGGCCGCAGCCCAGGCGGCAGCGGUGGCGGGAAACAUCCCAGGGCCAGGGUCAGUGGGAGGAAUCGCGCCGGCCAUCAGUCUGUCUGCAGCGGCAGGCAUUGGUGUGGACGACCUGCGGCGCCUGUGCAUCCUGCGCAUGAGCUUUGUGAAGGGCUGGGGCCCUGACUACCCGCGCCAGAGCAUCAAAGAGACGCCCUGCUGGAUCGAGAUCCACCUGCACCGCGCCCUGCAACUGCUGGACGAGGUGCUCCACACCAUGCCCAUCGCUGACCCACAGCCCCUCGACUGACCUGUUUCUCCAAACAGCUACAAACAAAACACUCAAACAAACAAACAAACAAACGAACGAGAGAGACCUGAGACUCUCCCGCCCUCCUCGUCUUCACUGUGAUGCCUCCUGGCAAAUUGGGAAGCCCAGGGAGAAUCCCCACUCAUCCCAAUGCCCCUGACAGGAGACGACGGCUUCUGUAUGAGUUCUGUUCGGUCACCAGGAAUGCAAAGAUCACUUUUUUUUUUUUUUUUUUUGUUGCUUUUUUUUAAACUUCACUGGUAGUUUUUUUUUUCUUCUUCUAUGUAUCCGUUACCUCACAGCUUCUCCCUAAAAGGAGUCUAUGAGACUGCCACAGCAACAAAGAGAACAUAGGGGUAGUGAGGGUAGGAGAGAAUUAAGGGGAGGUUUUGUUUAUUUUCCUUCACCCCGGUCCUCCUCGAUAGGUCAGGAUUCUAGGCUGUUACCCUGGGAUUAGAGUUGCAUGUGUGGCAGAACAUUUGGUGAGAGGAGAUGGUUUAAUUUCCGCUCAUCCCAAUUCAUCUCCUCCACUGAUAAUGCAGGUGAUUUGGUUGAACGAGAAGAUGGGGCAAAGUAUAUUUAUACAAAUGUGUGUGGGUGUUUGACUUUUACCAUCUUGUGCAUAUUUUACAAAGUAAUUGUGAUAAUGUAUUUUAGCACCUUUUGAUAUAUAAUAAUGUUAAUUCCAUAUCCCAGAGGAAAGCGCUAUGGAUUGAAUGAUGAUUGUGUCGCAUAGAUUAAGAUCCAGUACCCACACUAGAAAGAUUUUAUCCUUUUUUUUAAAUUUUUUAAUGUUUAUCCUUUUUUUUGUUUAAGUGGCAUAGUACAUCAAGAUAAACUGAGUUUGACAUUUUGCACUAAGCUAUAUAAAUAUAUGUAUAUGGUUUUUUUUUUGUUUGUUUUUUUCAAGUAGCUAACCACACUUACUGUAGUUAUUUUAUGUUUUUAAUGCAUGUAAAAUUUUGCAUGCGAGUGGCAAAAACGAUUAUUAUUGGUUCUUGUCCUAGAAUGUCCUACUGACUACAGUGGCUUGCCAUGAACAGAUAAUUAACUGUUUGGAAUGCUCUUCAAAUCAUUGGUGUGAAUCUUGACUCCAGUUAAGAACACCUAAUUGCUAAGCUAAAGACUUACAGCUUAUUCAAAAGAUCCACAGAAGGAUGAUCCCAGCAGGUGAACUGCCACCUUGACUUUGCCCAAAUACUAACGCUGUACAUCAUCUCUCCAUUUCAUUUUGUUUUCUGUUUUGGUUCUCUGCCCGACCAUUCAGUUUACUGAUGUCUUGGAUUGCCCUCCAAAAUAAAUAAACAUCUUUCAUGAAGUGUCUUAGAGCCAUACUACAAAGCUGUUGUUUUACCAUGUAGGUUUCUUUUUCUAAAAGGCAUGUUAAAGUGGAUAUUACUUUGUGUGAAUUCUUGCCGUUUUCAUUUCUUACUUUAAAAGCAGCUUUAAAAGAGUUACACUUACACUUUUUUCCAUUUCAGCAGAUCUAGUUGGAUUCUAUAUUGUAUAAUAUAAUUAGCAAAUAGCAAUAUUAAAUCUGUUUAAAUUAACCUGUAUGAGGCAUAUUACUGAUCAUGUCAAGUGAUAGUAUGGUAUUAUUGCAUUAUGCAAAUUGCUCUGACAGAAUUCUUUUUUUUAGUUCUGCCAUAAACACUGAACAGUUAGAGGGCAAUAAAAAGUUAUUUCUUA